AUGGAAGACCAGAAAGCGGUCAUUGUAGGAAUCAGCGGUGCAUCAAGCAGCGGCAAGACGACGCUCGCGCGCCUGCUCCGUGACAUUUUCCCUAAAACCUUCAUCCUGCACGAGGACGAUUUCUACAGGUCUGAGAAUGAGCUUCCCACGAGAGACGGCCUCCUCGACUGGGACUGCGCCGGCUCUCUCAACAUUCCCGACAUGACGAAAGCGCUGUCGCACAUCCGCGCCAACGGAACGUUCCCACCGUUUGUCGACUCCAAGGAGGACCAGAAUUCGGUGGGCGCGUGUCCUGUGUCGGAUGCUAAGAUCGCGGAGAUGAAAGCCAAGGUCCGGGACUGGGUGCAGCCCGGCCAGUCAGGGUACGAGGUACUAGGUGAUGGAAAGGAGGGAAGCGGGUUGAGGAUAUGUCUACUUGAUGGGUUCCUGCUGUACUCCCUGGAGAUGCAGAGCGUCAUGGAUCUGCUCGAUGUGAAAAUGUUCUUGUUGGUGAGUCGAGCCAAGGCGACGCAGCGGAGGGAGGCGCGGGAUGGUUAUGUCACCCUCGAGGGCUUCUGGAAGGACCCCGAGGGGUAUGUGGAUAAGAUUGUGUGGCCGAAUUAUGCGGACGCGCAUGCGUGGUUGUUUGAGAAGGGGGACGUUGAGGGGACGUUGAAUGAGAGGGUGUUGACGGAACGCGGGAUAUUGGCGCAGACGGGAAAGGGGUUGGAUAUUGAUAUGGAGAUAACGUUUGAGUGGACCGUGGAGACGUUGAUGAAGCAGCUUGAGGCAUUGGGAAAGAGAUGA